UCAGGCAGGACCACGUGUACGGUGUUGACUGUCAGUCUCCGGUUUGCGGAAGCGGUGAGUUCCGAGAGAGGUUCCCGCACCUGAGUCCGGCCGAGCCGGCUGACUCCCAGCCAUGAGUGCCCCGGGCGUGCUGUCCUUUACCCAGCAGGGCUGGGAGCAGGUGCUGGCCAAAGUGAGACGGGCUGUGGUGUACCUGGACGCCGCCUGCGCCGAGAGCUUGCACUGGGGCUGCGGAGCCGCGCGGCUCCUGGACGCCGUGGGGGCCCCUGCGUGCCACCUGCGCGAGUUCGAGCGGGACGCGGCCGGCGGCGGGGCCGCGCAGCCCAAGGCGGUGUUUGUGCUGAGCGGCCUGCUGAAAGGCCGGACUGUGGACACCCUGCGGGACAUCGUGCGCCGCAGCCACUUCCAGUACUGUGUGGUGGUCACGGCCGUGAGCCACGCCGUCCACCUCACGGCGAACCACGUGCCCGCCGCGGCAGCCGCCGAGCUGGAGGGGCAGCGGCCGGUGUUCGACCAGCUGGAGGAGAAGCUGUGCGAGUGGAUGGGCAACCUGAACUACACGGCCGAGGUGCUGCACGUGCCGCUGCUGCUCGCCCCCGCGGCCGCGCACCUGGCCCUGACGCCGGCCUUUGCGUCUCUGUUCCCUCUGCUGCCCGGGGAUGUGCGGGUCCUCAACAGCGCCCGCCCGGACAAGAGGAGACUGGGGAGCCUGGCCGAGGUGGACGCCGCUGCCCUGACGCCGGAGCUGCAGCUGCAGAUCAGGUGCCUGGUGUCCGGGCUCAGUUCCCUGUGUGAGCAUCUGGGAGUUCGGGAGGAGUGUUUCGCCGUGGGCACCCUCAGCCGAGUCCUUGCUGCAGAUCUGGCGAACUAUGCCCCUGCCAAGAACAGGAGGAAGACUGCCCCGGGCAGGGCGUCGGUGGUCUUCGUGGAUCGGACGCUGGACCUCACAGGCGCCGUUGGGCAUCACGGAGACAACUUGGUGGAGAAGAUCCUCGCGGCGCUGCCCCAGCUCCCCGGCCACACAAACGACGUGGCGGUUGACAUGGUGGAGCUCACGGCCCUGCACGCGGGGGGCGACUGUCAGGACGUGGUCGCGCCAGGCUGCCUCGCUCAGGCCAAUGACCCGGCCGCCAGAGCCCUCUGGGACGCCCUGCUCAGCACCAGGCACAAAGAGGCCGUGAUGGAAGUGCGGAGACACCUGGUGGAGGCAGCCAGCAGAGAAAACCUGCCCAUCAAGAUGAGCAUGGGGAGAGUCACCGCGGGGCAGCUCACGUCCUACAUCCAGCUCUUCAGGAACAACCUGCAGGCUCUGACGAGUCACUGCGGGCUCCUCCAGCUGGGGCUGGCCACAGUGCAGACUCUGAAGCACCCGCACACGGCCAAGUGGGACAACUUCCUGGCCUUCGAGCGCCUCCUGCUGCAGAGCAUUGGGGAGUCGGCGAUGGGCACGGUGCUGGGGCAGCUGCUGCCCCUGGUGAAGCCGGCCUCCCAGAGGACCCAGGACGACUACAGCCCCGAGGAGCUGCUGGUCCUGCUUGUCUACAUCUACUCCGUCACUGGAGAGUGCCCCGCGGACCGAGAGCUGGACGAGGCGGAGGAGCUCGUGAAGGGUGCCCUGGCCCAGGCCUUCUGCCAGGAGCCCGAGCUGUCACCUCUACUGCAGAAAAUCACAGGCUGUGACUGUUCCAUGAACCUGACUCCCCACAAGUCCAAGUUGGCCGUGGAUGAGCUCUUUUCUUCGCUCCGGGAUCUGGCCGGGGCGCGGCGUCUCAUGAAGCAGUUCAAGUCCGUGCACGCCCCUGGAAGCCACGGCCACCAGGCGUCCUACAGGCCGCUGCUGAAGCAGGUGCUGGAGGAAAUCUUCCAUCCCGAGAGGCCGGACCCUGCGGACAUCGAGCACGUGUCAUCGGGCCUCACGGACCUCCUGAAAACCGGGUUCAGCAUGUUCAUGAAGGUGAGCCGGCCCCAUCCCAGCGACCAUCCCCUGCUGAUCCUCUUCGUGGUGGGCGGGGUCACGGUCUCUGAGGCCAAAAUGGUCAAAGACCUCGUGGCAUCACUGAAGCCCGGGAGCCAGGUGAUCGUGCUGUCCACGCGGCUCCUGAAGCCGCUUAGCGUCCCUGAGCUGUUGUUUGCAACGGACCGGCUGCACCCAGACCUGGGCUUCUGAUACCCGCAAAGACAGCGGUUCCGCGCGAGCUGGAGAUCCCCGCGCCUUCGUCGCCUGCCGCCGCUCCAGAGACGCCUCCCAAACCGGCCGCCGUCGCUAACUGUGGGCCUGUCCCAGUUUGCCCAAAGGGGCCUGGGAGCCACACAGCGAGGUACCUCACCCGGAUUGCUCACGUUCUGUCGUAAACAUUGUACUGCUGUUUUUCCAAAGGUGCCAGGCCGUCUUUCAGCUGAAUCGGCCGUAGCUCCCGUUUAUCCUCUGCUGUGGUCUUCGGGUUCCACCUGCAAGUUCAUUACUUCCGAGUUAGAGCAGGUUGGCGAGGGUCCGUGCGCGACAGGUCCUCCUACCUCACGUCACCCCGGGAGAAGCCAGACCUGCUGUGAGAUGACGUGUGAGCAGAGCCUGCCCCCCUGGAGCUGCCGUGACGGGCAGGACGGCGCCAGUGGGGUCUGAGCCCCGUCCCUCAGGGCCUGAGACGUCCUGGGCGGUGCCAGGAGUCCAUGUGCAGCUGCACUGGCCCAGCCUGCUCCCCGGGGCUGCUGGGAAUGGCGGCAGGAGAGAGGCGGGUUGGGGGCUGGCCUUGCCUACACGGUGCCCCCUCCAAAGGCACACAGGAGACGGCGAGUCCCCAGGAACCCAGAGGAUGCACAGACCCCUGUGGCCGUGAGAUUUUGACCCUGUUGAAACAAAGCUUCCCUUUUCUGUACAUUUAAAUCUCCCUCCCAGCCGUGGCAGAAAACCCUACAGGCCCCCCCCCCCCCCGGUGAGAUCACACGCGACCUCCAGCAGAGAGAAGCGCGGGGAACCGAGACACCUCUGGUGCGCGGCUGCCGGGGACCCCGGCGUCUCCAGACGGGGUUUCCCGUCGACGGGUACAGCUGAAAACCCAUGUCUAUUGCGAUUAACAGGCAGAGGAAAUAAAAUGGAAGCCAAGACGUUCA